AAAACAGAAAUGCUCAUAUUAUUUCGGCAGCUCAGACAUCAGAAAAGGCUUUUUUCUACAUGGACUGACACCUUUGAUAAAUAUUUGAUUGGCGCAGAGCCACCAGUAAAAGACCAACAUUCUAAGCUUCUAGCCAAGCGCAACCUUAUAUACAAUAUUGAAAUUCAAGAUGUGAAACCUGGUUAUGUUUCUGAAUACCUAUCAAAUGCGGAAAAAGUCCUCCCAGACAUCCACGCUGACAAUGAUAUACCUGUUGAACUUUAUGGUCAGUUCCACGUUCAGCUGGGUCAGUUGGACAGGAUUUAUACAAUUUGGAGACAUUCAGAUGGAUAUAGUGCGGUCGACAAAACACUGCUACAGCUCAAUCAAAUUAAAGGCUAUGGGAAAUUUUUGGAAGAACAAGGGAAACUGUUGCGAAAACGAGAACAGCAGCUUUGCUAUGAGUUCGCAUUCUGGCCCCAGUAUGAUGAUUACUACGAUGGUGGAAUAUUUGAACUGAGAUCAUACUCCCUUAAGGCGGGAUGUCUGUAUGAGUGGGCUAAUGCCUGGUCAAAGGCAGUGAAUUUGCGAGAGAAAGAUGCAGUGAUGGGGCUGUGUUCCCAGAUAGGUGAUAUGUACACAGUUCAUCACAUCUGGAGGUACACAGACCUAGAACACCGUAAAACUGAGAGAGAUAUGAGCUGGCAAAGUGGGGAAUGGGCGGAUCUUGUCAUUAAAACCGUUCCGAUGAUAAAGAAUCUUCAAGUUAACAUCAUGCAACCGUCAAUCUACUCACCACUUAGGUGAAGGAUCUGUAUACCUUAGAGUCCUCUUUAGAGUCCUCUUAGAGUCCUCUUUCGAGUCCUCUUAGAUUCCUCUUUCGAGUCCUCUUAGAGUCCUUUUUCGAAUCCUCUCACUCCUCUUAGAGUCCUCUUUAGAGUCCUCUUAGAGUCCUCUUAGAGUCCUCUGUAGAGUCCUCUCAGAGUCCUUUUUCGAAUCCUCUCACUCCUCUUAGAGUCCUCUUUAGAGUCCUCUUAGAGUCCUCUUAGAGUCCUCUUUAGAGUCCUCUGUAGAGUCCUCUUCAAGGGAUUUCUGGAACGGAAACUUUCUUCGCUAAACUGACAAAUUUUAUAGAGAAAACAUAUAUUUUACUUCUUGGAAUUGUUUUAUGGGUUUUAAAAAGGGUCAACAUCAACAGGCGCCGUGCUUUUACAAAAAUGAUAUAUUAUCAUAUUCUAGUAAAUUAUCUACUAAAAUGAGACUAAUAUUUUUAAAUUCGACGAAAUUUCAGUUUAAGAUUUUGAAUGAGCUCUGAAAUUGUAUUUUGUUGUAUUAAUAUUAGAAAUGAAUGUUUAUUAUCAAUUAUCAUGGAUGAUAUUUAUAUAAUGAUU